UGACUUUCUAUUUGGUGGAAGAGAUGGUCACCGUUAUUUGCUCAUUUCUUUAGCUCUGUUCUUUCUUUCCAGCUGCAUUACUUUCUCAUAACUCCUUUUUGCUAUCUUCUUAAUCUACUUGCUUUCAGUCCCACAACUCCCUGCACUUUAUUGCUUUUGCCUAUUAUAUUAUUGAUAAUGAUACCAGCUGAAGUUUUUUCCUCUUUCCCCUUGUAUAAAAAAAUUGCUGACCAUCGUCGUGCUUGCUACUGGAGGUUGGCAAAUGUGGUGUUUUUGCAGGGCAUCAAAAUUGGAGACGAUGUACCUUCCAUUUCUCACCUCCCAGUUGCUGAUCAUGAUACUGUCUGUCUGCUAUUUGCAAAGGCCUCAAAAGAGGAGGCUCAAGCUAUUCUAUCAAUUCUUGACAUUCAAGGAGCAGCUUCAGGUCAAGGAGUGAACCAGUUGAGGUGCGGCAAAGUAUACUGGAUUUGGAGUAAGGUGAGCGGGUGGAAGGAACAACAAUUAUCGGCUCCUGGUACAGCUACAGGAUUCAGUUCGGAUUGGAGACGUCUCUGGGACUUGGAACAUGCCAAAUACCGAAAUGCUGCAGUGAAAUGCUGUCUUGCUGAAAACCGUAGAUGGGAUGGAGAUUUCAAUAUGCUGUAGUGACGUUGACAAUUGAUAAACUCAUGUAUGGGUGUUAAAAAAAAAAAAAAUUCGUUCAAUUUAUGCUCAUUGUCAACUUCUAACUUGAGCAGAUCUGCCGUCAUCAGAGUGAUGUCAAAUGGUUUUAUGUGGCAACCCAGAGAUGAUAAAGAUUCGAUGCAGACCCAGAAAAAUGGUCCCAAAUUAUGCUGGUUUACGUCAAACUUCGAAUAAUUAAAAGAUCUUGAAACAAUGUCGACAUUUUCUCCAACUGUUCCAAAAUGUCGACAUUUUCUCUAGUUGCUCCAAACAGAGACAGAACUGGCACAUUCAAAUUCAACGAUACUUACCAAAGUGAGUGCGACUGGGGACAGAUGAGAUGCAGCUCACCGGGCAAGCCUUUUAUUUUUGAUAUGAAAUAGAAGCAAAGGAUUUACUCAUCAAUUUUGUUUGCUUUUGUUGAAAAGUUCAAUGAACGUAGCAAGUGGCAACUCGCACAAGUUGCAAUAUUUUGUUUGCAUGGACAUGGAAUCGAAUCAUAGCGCAUGAUAGAAGAAGACACCUGGGAUUCCAGCUCCAUGGCUGGUAAUUCUGCUGUCAUAUUUUUGCAAGUGUAUGCAUGAAGGUUCUUAGAUAGUACUGUCAUGGCAAUUGUGUCAUGAUGAAUUUUCUUGUAAUUUGUCGCCAUUUCAUUUCAGAAACGGUGCU